CUACCCCAUAUAAAGGGGUGAUGCAACGCUACGCUGUUAUCUGUAAGUUUCCUUUCAGAGUAAAGCCCUCAAACUGGAACCGAAGUGAAGCUUUUCGUGUUCUUCAAAUUGCCUUAAACGUUAUAGUAACUGAAAGUCAACAUAAUGAUGCUUCAGCAUCCUGGACUGGGUCCUUCGGAGAUCAGCGCGUCUGCAUUGGUGCCCUGCCUGUCUCCACCGGGCUCGCUUACGCUGGAGGACUUUACGAACUUCACGCCGCUGGUGAAAGAAGAGCUGCGCUUCGCUAUCCAGAACAAACGGCUGUCGAACGGGCUGAGCGCAGUCAUGAGCGACUGCCUUAGCUCGUGCUCGGAGAGAUCCACCGAGCCCCCAGUUAAGAAGGAGGCGACCCCAGAAGAAAGUGAAAGGAGGAAAAGAAGAAGAGAACGGAACAAAAUAGCUGCAGCUAAAUGUCGGAAUAAGAAGAAGGAGAAGACAGAUGGCCUACAGAAGGAGUCGGAGAAGCUGGAGUCCAUCAACGCCGAGCUGAAGGCCCAGAUUGAGGAGCUGAAGAGUCAGAAGCAGCAGCUGGUCUACAUGCUGAACCUCCACCGGCCCACGUGCAUCGUCCGCGCCCAGAACGGGCAGACGCCCGAGGACGAGAGGAACCUCUUCAUCCAGCAGAUCAAAGAAGGGACCCUGCAGAGCCUGAUGGCGCCCUCCCCCGCCCUCACCUACCCCUUGGUGCCCACCUCGUGCGGGAGCCACUGACUCGCGAACUGAAAGGGGGAAGCCUCCUUCCCCCUGUCUACCUGCCGGUGAAAGCCCUUUCCGCCACAAACCGGGGCACCGCACUUUCCAUCCGUAAACUCUUAGCGACUGCUGCCGAUACGCUGGGACAGGCGUCACAAGGUGAUCCUCCCUUCCACGUCCCAGGUCACCCCGUGACCACAGCACGUCAAGGAACUGUCAUGGCACUAAAGAAGAAAAAAAGUUUAGUUUUUUGUUUUUUUGUUUUUUUAUUAUCAUGAGUACGAUCUUUUAUUUUACUUAACUUUUACACUGUUGUCUAUGGUUACUCACCGUGUGUUUGUUUGUAUGAAGUUUUCGCAAAUGUGUGAUUUCUGGCUGACUCAAAGAGCAAAAGGGCAUUGGGUUCGCAGGUCAGAUGAUUGUUUACACAGUGGGAAAUUGCCUGUCAAGUUAUAAAGCAAGCACUACACUGGAUGAUCUUCCUAAGGAACACAGUAUGUUUGGAAAGAUUGACGCGUCCGUCCUGAGUAUACUGUGCGAGAUGACUGUGAUGUUGAUGACGAUGCUGGUAAUGAUGAUGAUGAUGAUAUUGUUGACUGUUAUUUAUGUUAUUAUUUGUGUACGUACGUGGGACAGAGAGGCCCGGUCUCCCCUUCAGGCGAUUUUUUGUACGAGUUCUUGCCCUGUGCGUCUUGCCUGCUGUGUCCUUUGUGGCUUUUCAGUGGAUGCUGCCUCACUUUGCCUAUCAGAAGCUGCUACUAAUCCCUCAGGAAGUCUGUGAGUUGUAGGGGCCCCAGCCACGGAAGAGACAGUAGAUUCAGACAGUGGGAUCUCUCAUACGGCAAGAGAAUUAGGCUCGCUGGUCCUGAAGCUCGUGGGUCAGCACGUCCACAGAGCAGAGACCCGAUCCUCAGGACCCCACAACACCACCACCACCAACCACCCCACCCCACCCGCCAACCCCACCCCGACCCCCCACCCCAUGGAGUAAGUGCAUGCGCAUUGCCAAGCCAGUCAGUACUCUAGCUGAUAGACCCCAGAAUGAAGAUAUUGGGCCUGUGUCAGUUUAUGGAUCGUUAGUAUUAAAAAGCUGCAUAUUACAGUAGUCUGUGAUGUUGUCCUCCCUUUAGUUUGAGAUUAAAGUGAGGACAAUUUAGUCAAGGCUCCACAACAAGAAGGGAAUUGAAUAAAGCACAUGUAGCUUUGUGUCAGAAUCAUAAAUGAACUGCCAGCCAUUAUGGUCUAUAACAAGAGCUUGUAAUACAUUUAUUCAUUGUACCGUGUAUAGACUAACGUUUUGUUUGAUAUAUAGCUAUCAUGAGGUAUCAACUGCUGUAUUUGUGGGCAGUGUUUUUCAUAGCACGCGCGAUGCUGGACUGUCAAUCUUUUAUUUCAUAUGUUGUGAAUACAACUGAAAUAAAAUGGCUUCAGCCUCUGUGGUGUUCCCCGUGCCAGGGUAUUGGCCCUCUCUGUAAUUUCCCUUGACCUCUGUCUGUGAUAUCAACACUUGUACAAUUACACAACUCAAACAACUUCUGAAACCGUUGAGAAAUCCAUCCUUCAGCAAGGUGGAAAGAUUGCCUCAUAGCUUAAAGAUGUUCAGAAAAUAACCAAUAUUGCUGUUCAUCAGUUUGUUUCUAUUAUAAUUGUACUCAUGAAGACAUGCAGUACAAUUCUCCUGCACAACUUAAUCGGAGCAUGGGACUGUGUGUGUGUGUGAGAGAGAGAGAGAGAGAUAGAGAGAGAGAGAGGGAAAGAGACGCAGGCGUCAGAUAUUAUGAAAAUCAUAAAUAACGUACUACAGAAAAUGUAAAGGUAAAACCUGCAAUGUGAUAACACUGUUCUUUGUUUUUAUGGUCCUUGUCAUACCCUCUGUGCAAUUAUUUGUUGUUUUAUUUAAGCUGUCCUUGUUAAAGUAUUUGGGAAUAUGCUAUGGUGCAGGCCAAGGAUUUGAGUAAAAAAAACCCAUAAAGAUCUAUUCAGGUACAAUUCUCAUCUCAAAAUACAUUAGUCAUUUCUACUCUGUCUGUGAAUUUGUUUUUGAUAACUUUGAUAAUAAAAAAAACUGCAUUCAA